AUGGAAGAAGUUCAUGAAGUUUUAAAUAGUGACCAAAUCGAAAUUAUUUCUAAGCCUUAUGAUAAUCUAAAAGAUUGUGUAUCAAAAAUUUCAUAUUUAUUAAGGAAACAAAAACCACAUUCUGGUAAUGAUAAUGAUAUCUGGUUGGAUGCUAAAAAACUGGCUGAAUCACAUGCAGAUGAUCCAGUCAUAAAAUUGAUUUUCCAAGUUAUUGUGUUUAAUGAGGUUUGUGUUAAAAAUGUACAAUUGGGAAUACCACCAGGUGGAGAACGAAGUGUAGAUAUACAUUUUAUAAGGCCAUUCAUGGAGAUCAUUCGACCUGUUACUGAAUAUCACUAUGGUGAAUUAAUAUCAUCUGCAUCUGGGGCUUGUAAACGAAGAUUUGGGAUUAAAAAUGUUGGCCAACACUCAGACUUUAUCUUUGCUGCACAUGAACUUCGUGAUGCAUCAGUUGAGCAUGGAAGAGAGUUUGGAAUAGCAGAAAACUCAGGACCAGAAGUACAAUCUCACCAUUUGAGAUCAAGGAUGGCCUUCAUGAAAGUAAUGAAAGUGAGUCGAGACCAGCAUUCAGCAUGUGCACAGGCAUUGCUUGAAGCAACAGGUGGAACUUUAGAUGCAAAUUUGAACAAAGCAUUAAAAGAAAUACCAAUUGUGGGUAUUUGUAUUGUGGAAUUUACUAUAAAGAUGCAUGUUAUUUUCUACUUGGGAGAUGGAAUAUGGGCUGCAGAUGAAAUAUCAAGCUUCACCAUCCCAGAUUAUUAUAAAAUUAGCCUCUAUAACAUUGGAGAUGCAUGUCGUAACUUUAUAUUCAUAAAGGCAAGAAAUAAUUCAGAACGCCAAAUUUAUUUUUGCAUCUGCGCUGAAAUAUGCAAAGGAGAAUAG